GUCUGGAAUGCCUCAGUCAUCCAGCCAGUGAGCAGACAAAGCCAGAAUCUAAGGUUGAGCAGUCGAGGCCGAGGAGACCAGGAUGUCAUAAAUACCAGUCCUUCACCCAGAACAAGAAACUCCUCCGCAGCAUGGGCAUGACCUCAACGUAUUCUCCCGAGGAGUUUGUCGGUCUGACCACCAUCGCAUCAUCACCAUGUGAAAACAACAACCUGCCACCACCACCACCCGUAGCAUUCCUUUCAUCGUCAUCGUCGUCCUCGUCGUCACAGCAACGACAGCAGCAGCAAUGGAGCGUCAUGAUCACGCCCACAUCCAGCCCCACCAAAGAAAUGGAGGGCGUCGUCAACGAAGCGCAGAAGACCGCUGAGGAGGACAUCAGCGACAACACCUGUUCGUAUUGCAGCGACGACGACCACCACGACGACAUCGGUGAUGAUGACAGUGAUGCAGAUACGAUGACGGAGCGGGGAGCGGAGAGAUUUGUUUUGGAUCCUUGUAACGAGCUCGAUUUAGAACAAAUUGAAAAGUACUGAAAUGCCCUCCAUGUUUAUGGAGAUGAGGACAAACAGAAGAAUCUAAAUUCUUGUGGUAUAUGAAGAAUGUGAGAGAUGAGAGAAUAAUAUUCAGAUUUGAACCUGUCGGAUGGAAAUCGACAGGUCGACGUUCAUUCUCAGUAUUGUUUCUGAUCGACUGAUUUACAUGAAGUUCGAAAUAUGGACUCUACAUGUGUGAGAAAAUACUGACAGUAUUAUGGCAAACGCAAUUUGGGCGUAUCAUUAUUUUCUUCUCAUUUGUUGAAGGUAUAAAAUGUAAGUCAGGAGCGUUUUUUUCUUGACAUAAUUGAGACCAAAUGGAAUGAUGUGAUGAUUAGAAGAUGAAAUGAAGAAUAAUUGACUUUCAAAAUGAAAUUUGUAUUUUGUAGGCCUACUGUUUUUAGAACUAGCAUCAUAGUUCUUGAAUUGUGUGAAAAGUGGCAGUACAAAAUGGGAAGAAAAUGACAGUAAUUUUUUUUUUACAAGAAUCUUUUGUUUCAUGUUCACAGUGACAAGAGAAAAAAGAAAGUGCUUUAAUCUUUUUAGAAACUGUCUGUAUUAUUGAUAAUAAGAGAUGCGAUAUUUUGCUGAUUUUUGGUGUGCCUAUGCAAGUUUUAACAAAACAGUUUGAGAGAAGAAAAAAAAUGAAACUUAGGAAAGUAGAUUUUUCUGAGGUAUUUAGAUGAAAUUGAAAGGAAAAUUAUGGUGCAUGCUUUGCAAUUAUCAUAUGGUAUUCAUUAAAAACUGGUAUUACUGAUAGUUCUAUUUCUUCAAUUUUUGAUGAAAAUUUCUUGUGAAAAGAAAAUUGACUUCAACCUGCAUUUUGCAGUGUGUAUCUCUAUUAAAGUGAGAUAUAGGGAAAAGACAGGCCGUAAACCAAUCAAAGAUGAUUUCUCAAAAUAAGUGAUGAUAUUGAGGUUUUUUUUUGUGCAUUUCUAGGUCCAUUUAGAAUUAGGAAAAAACAUGAAGAAAAUAUAUUCAGUAUCCUUAGAGCCUACUCGAUUUUUAAUCAAAAGAUUUGCUAGAACUGGGAUGAGUUGGAAGUAAAAUGCUUCCUUGAAUAGCAUAGCGGCAUAUUGUGAUUGCUAGUAAGGCGAGUGAUUUUAACCACAUCAAUCCCUUCAGCUGUAGAAUCAGGUCUAAUUCAUAGCAAGCCCAAACGUAAUUUUAAACAGCCGCCACUAUUCAUCAUACAGUGUUCAUUUUUUCCCCUGACACAUUCAAUAAAGAUCAAUUAAUUUGAUUAUAAUUUGCAAACACGAGUUACCUGCAGUGGGACUAUGAGAGAGAAAUCUUAUGAUUGGUACUGACUUUUGUUCUAUCAUCUCUACCUCAAAUUUAGCUCUUUCACAAUAAGAAAGGACUAUCUUCUUUCAUUCGUCUGCUCCCCCCGUCUGAUAAAGGGGCUGCUUUUGUGUGUAAGCUGUGUGGAACAAACUGAGAACUGGUUUAUGUCUUUGUAGAUUCGUGUUUCUAGGGUCUGAUUCCAAAGACUAUAGAUUUUUUUUCUCCUCCUUGUUCCUUGAAACGAGGAAUGUCACUGAUUCAUUAAAUGUGAAUGAAAUAUACGUGUUAAAGCUGUAAUUCAAUAAAUAUAACUGAUAUUUUGUUGAUGAUUCAUGGUACAUUUAAAUGCAUUGCUCCUUGUAAUAUUUGAUAUUAUGUAACAGACACAGAGUUUCUGUGCACAUUAAUGCAAAAUAAGUUGAUGCAUUUCAAAAAGACAUAUUCAUUUAACUUUCUUUUGUUUCUUUUUGUAGAAAAUGCCAUUUUUACUAACUAGUGCAACCAACUUAAGAUAACUGAGACAAUAGGUGAAACGUGUAGAUAGUAUAUGGUUCAAAGUAUCAUACCAAAUAGAUUAUAUAUAUGUUUUGUUUGUGAGUGCAAAGUCCUUUUUCUAUCCCUUCUUUGAAGCUGUAAUAUGCUUCCUUGAUAAACAUUUUGUUUCCAAAUAAUGCUAGUGCUUUUUUGUUAUCAUCCCUCGAGCAAGACGCCUUUGCGUCGAGCCAAUUUUGCAGUGUUACAGUACUAUGCUUCAUUAUUAUAUGUGUUGAGUAUAAGAGCUUCUUUUGAGCUACGUUUGAAAUAUAGUGUGCAAAAAAAGUUUUUGUUUUGUUCUUAAGAAAACAAUUUUUAGUAAUAACAAUAGAGAGAAACCUGUGUUAUGUAUAGUGUGUUUGCAGGAUGCAUGGUGUUAAUCUAAUGGCCCUUAGAUUGAUUGAGUUGUAAUAUUUGUUAUGUGUGAGAGUUGCUUAUCGAAUGAACGCUGAAGACAUUGCUAAGAACCAUCGUACGUAUAUAUUUUUUGUAACCUAUUCUCAUUCUUAAAUAAAGCACUUUUAGGGUAUAGUAAACUACACAUGCAGACUAACAACAAUCAACAAUGAUUUGUAAUAUAUUUAUAUCGUGUGCUGUGUUUUGCACUAGUUUCUCUUAAUACGAUGCAAUUAAUUUAACCUUGAGUAAAGAAACCCUUCUUAGUACAUAAUUUAGUGAACUUCCUUCUUUAAAAAAAAAUCAUAAGGAAAGAACAAUUAGUUGUUUUAAUGUAGGUCUACAUUACUUUAAAUAUUGUUAGUAUUAGCAAGCAGAUAUGUUGGUUUUGUAGUCCUCUUGUUAUCAUUAUACCUGACUUUCGAUCAUAUAAAGUGAUGAAGACCGCAUUAUAUUGUUUUGUCAGUUGACAGGCAGAAGGGCAUUAAUCUGAAUACUUUUUUUCCAAAAUGUUAACGCCUUUCUGCCUCUCAAUGAGUGACAGUUUGUUGAAAUAUUUUGUAUUUAACCCAUCAGUUUGAGUGUAUUUUUUGUGUGAGUGUGUGUGUGUUUCUUUCUCUUUUGAUUUUAAAUAAUGUUUUUUUUUUGUGCCAGCCUGUCUUUGUUAGGUAACUUGCCAACUUCCUAGUAUCCAACAGAGGGCAAAUCCACAUGCGGGGAAAAAAAACAAAUCUGCACAGCGAUAUUAAAACAUUGAUUUGAUCAUGAAUCUUUGUUUUGGGGGGUACAAAAUAUCCUCCUCACAAACAGCAGAGAACAAUCAUUACUGGAUUCCAUUGGCUGAAAUGUGAGAAAUUCAGAAGAAUAAUUUUUGCAAGUUGAAAUGCAGGGAAAUGCCAAACUCUUCAGGUAAUUUCUCCUACCAUUCAAAACAUUCUGUUGAUUUUCGUUAGCCUUCCAUGUUCAAGAUGUGGUACUUUGCAAAUUAAAAUAUCAUCUCUUAAGAGCCAGGGGGUGUUCACACAUAGUAAAAUGGUGUGGAGUCAACACCCAUCUGGCUCUGAGCUUGACGAUAUAAUAGCGGCAGUAUGAACUGAUUGUAUUAUGGUUGUAUCAAUCAAUGAGAAUAUAGCUCUCAUCCAUGCCGAGCAAACGUAUGGGAAAGAGGCCUUGUAAUUCCAAUACUGUCCAUGUGGAGUUGCCCAGAAUCGUGGAAAUCUGUUGUAGAGCCUUAAUUCUUCAGGGUAUUUUGUAAACCAAAUCAACUACUUUGUUGUUGUUGUUGUUGUUCCUUCCUACUUGUCCAUAUAUGAAAUGUGUGAUCUAUUCAUGUCUUUUUUAUUUAAAGUUCCUUCAAGAAUCAAAGAGUUCCGUGUUGUAAUUUCAAGCCAUACGUAUUGGGUCUGUCCAAUGUAUAAGCUGUUACCCAUUGCACUUCUAAAUGUUACCUAAUGGUUAUGUUAAGUUUCACAGCGUGACUAAUUAUCCCACAUUUCUCCAUGUCCCCCCCCCCCCCCCCAUAUUUUGUAUUUCAUUGGGUUAUUCUAUUUCAUGCAAAUGUAAUAUUACUGCUUUCCCUUUGAUAGCAACAAACCACCAAAUUCAUCCUCACUUUAAGUCAGUAUAUACAUGUAAUUCCUUUGUAAUCCCAAGCUUACUACUCUGUGUCGAUAGUUCGUUUAGUUUAUACAUCAAUUAGCAAUUCACUGUGAUGUCAUGAUAACUGUACGAAAAAGCCAUUAGAGUUGCUCAAGCUUGGUGAAAGUGUACUCGGUAAAUAUGUAACUGACUUAUAAUGAAAUACGGUGUAAAUGUUUUGAAUAGAUAUUUUUGUAAAAGAAAUUAAAAAAAAAAAGAUACACUAAGUGCAUGAAAAGUUUCUGAAGUUACGAUAGGAGUGACAUAGGCCUAUUUGCAAAGACCCACCAGUGUUCAAAUAUACCUUUCUUGUAUGGGUGUAGAUCGUUUAUAUAUUUCUAGCCAUGUAACUGUGACUGUCAUUUCUAUAGUGUCUUGGUGGAUAGAGUGCAGAGUGCUGUACCCCAUGCCUUAUGUAUAUUCAAAAGCCUCCAUUGGCUUUUUUGUCUCUGAGGUAAUAGCAUUGAUUUGAACUUGAAAAUAGGAAAUAAUACAGUAAUAAAUGAUUAAUGUUACUUUGAACCUCAGAAUAAAAGGAAAAAUAUUUAAAAGGUCUAGGGAUAACAUUUGGAAAUCAAGAGACUUUUAUACUAGUAAGCCCUGGAAACAUGCUCAAAUAUUUCCACAUUUUCUGCUCUGGAAAUGCAUGGUUUCUCUUUGGGGAGGGGGUCUAAAUUCUGAUAAAAAAGUUGCCUUGAAAAUAUACAUUCUGCCCAUUUGCAGCAUGUUAUAAUUAUGUAGUUUAUAACUUGGGAAAUAAUUGUAAAUCAUGGAUUUGGAAGUUUAGCAAAUUAGUUUAAAUUGUAAAUUCUCAAGGUAUGCAGAAUGCUAGCUUAAAUCAAUGCUAUUACUGUUUUAAAGGUGAUAUAUAUACAUAAUUUGUUUUAAUAACUCCAUGGAACGAUACUCAAAUGAAUUUCAUAAUCCCUAAAGAAAUAAAGUCAGAUUUGUUAGGUGCACCUUUAACAUGGAAUUUUAACCAGCUUCAAAAUUCACAUUUCUCUCCCAAAUUUUCAUACUUCACUCAGGGAUAAAGCUAUAACAAUAAAAAUUGUGUUUCUUCUCCUAAGCGCAAUUCUUUGAAGGAAUUAAUUUUUUUUUCUGCAAUGAAGUUCAUAUAUUGUCGACUGGUUGCAGAAUAAAGGUAUUUUUCAUAAUUUUAAAGUAACGAUGCAAGCUAGAACCCAUUAAUCAAUGAAUAUAACAAAUCAAUAUUUCAAUGCAGAGUAAGUCAUUGAAUUCAGGCAUUUUUAGAGACUCUUUUGUUCAUAAUGUUAAUAGCUUUUUGAAGAGCAUUCUUGUUUAGGCGGCUGUUUGUGUGUGGAUGUUUAUAACCAUUUGAAGUUGUUCUGGAGGCUCCUUGCUAUUCUACAUAACGCUCUGUUUCAGCCAUGCUCCGUUUUACUCUAAAGAAAGAAACUAUAUGAAAAUUGUGGUGAUUUUGUGUUACUGUUUGAUGUUUCUGGUGUGAAAUCUAUAUACUGGUUUCUUGUUUAAAGAUUUGUAACAACAAUUUUAGACCUUUAUGCAGAAAUAAACGGGUAUAGUCUGUGAUAAUGAAAUUUAGAGGUUAUUGUCGUAUGAAAGAUAAAUAUAAGGGCUUAUAAAGAUAUUUUUUGAGGGAUUUGUAUUCCCUGGAAAGGAAAUGUGAGUUUGUAGCCAGGCUUCAAUUUUAUGUUGCUAAUAUUUUUCUGAAAUUUAUAAGAUAUUUUUAAACUUUAAAUGAAAUUAUUGAUAAAAAAAUAAAUAUAAUGUAAACUCUACCAGAAAGAGAGGUGAUACUUUCUCAAAGUGUAAUGAUGCAAAAUAAUCCUCAAAAUGUAAUUACCAAUGGUUCUCUUCUGUUUUUUUCUUCUAAUUUAUUUCUUCUUUGGCAUUAGGGGAUGUAAACACAUCAAAAAACUUGUAUUGGUACAUUUGCAAGAUCUUUUUCAUGAAGUUUUUGUAAGAGUAAGAGUGAUAAUUUUCUCUUCAUUCUAAUCUAUUGCAGAAUCCUUUUUUGCAUUUAUUUAAGCAGCUGUUUCUUUGUAUCCCUUUGAGAGGUCUGAUAUUUUUUACCCAUUAGUGUUGAGCUAUGAAGGGGAUUAAAUCAAUCAGGUAAUUUACACUUCAAAAUUCGGGCAACUGAUAUACAGCAUAGUGUGAGUUUUUUUUUUUAACCAUCUUACAAAAUUAGUUAUUUUGUGUUUUAUUCUCCCUUUAUUCCCCCUUUUAGGGUGCUUUUUGUUUGCCAUUUUAUUUAGACUUUCAUUUUGCGAUCAUUUCAUUAAGAAAAUAGAUGAAUAUUCUUCAGGAUGGACUUCUAUAAAGUGCAAGGCUUGAGUAAAUGUGAUAGGAAUAGUGGGAUUGAACAAAGAUAGAAGUGAAUCAACUGGAAACUGCCAAGAUAAAUCAUGAAGCUGGAGACGAAGAGUGAAACUGAGACGAUGAAUCUGUUUCAAAGAAGAGAACAUAUGUACACAAGUCUUUGAUUUUAUCUGAUUCCUUCCAAAAAAAUUUUCCCUUUUGCUCAUGGAAUUUGUGAUGAAAUAAGAUGACUUGUGUACUAUUUAACUUUGUUUUUCAAAUGAAAACGGCGUAAGUUGUGUCUUGUUUUUGAUUAAGAUUGUAAUAGAUGAAAUUUGAAAUAGCUAUUUCUGUUCUUAUGUAGACUGGAAAAGGGUUGACAAAUCUUCGUGUUUUUUUUCCAGACACCAUACUAGCAUUCCAUUUCUUUUAAAUGUGACAUUCAUGAGUAGUUACAGCUUUCUCGUAGCUCAAUACUCUCUUUUUCCAGAAAAUUUUGUGUAUGAAAUUCGUAGCAUAUUGUAGAAGAGGCAGAAAUAAGAUUAGAUUGUGAUUUAGGGCAAUUCGAUGAACUGAAUUUAGAUGAAGUAUGAAAUAUGAUUGAUUUGACGAAUGUAAAUAGAAUGGUUCUCUCUUCAGAGUUUGUACAAAUGGUUCGUAAACAAAAAAGAAAACAAAGAAAUUGCAGGUUCGAGAUCGGUUGUAUCAUAGGAGGAAAAGCUGAGAGGAAUUGUAAAUGCAUUGAACAAGUGUUUUUUAAAAGCAAGAUUUUGAAUGGAUUUUUUUAUUAUUGAAAAGAAGAAACUGAUUUUUUUAAGGAUGUGAUUUUUUUCCAAUGAAAUGAACAUAAAUUCUAUCAGUGCGCUUAAAACAGAAUUUCUGGGAACUGGGAAGAUUACAAUUGCCAUGUAUCUUUCACCCCUUUCUACGACAUUCAUGCCUGUACAAGAUGUAUUAUUGACAUCACAGUCUUGUGUAUCUCUCUCUUCCUAAUUUUCUCACUUCUUUCUCGAAUCUUAACAAGGUUCAAAGUAUCUUUGCCAUUGGGGAAAGGUUUUUUUUUUUCUUCUCAUUAUUGAUGAUGUGAUUUUUUUGAAGUGAGGAACAAGGAGGUUUGCGAUUGGCUCAGGAUUACGUCUUUGUAUUUUUGUGUGGACAACAAUUAAAAAAGAUGCGUCUUCUUGAGAAAAAAGUUA